AUGGCAUGGAUUGACUCAAUAAAAGAAGCCACGGGCCUCAAUGUGCAAGACCUGAGCGUGGCUAUUAACAAGACAUUGGAAGGUGCUGCAAUGUCUCGUCUCCUGCUUUGGUCCUUGAGCUUCCUAGUCUUUUCCAUUCCGGAAUCCAAGUCUUCCGCUGACGAUGGUACUGUAGUAGUCACCACUAAUGGCGCUGUCCAGGGAAAAUAUCUCUUAGCUGGCUCAAGAUCAAUCACAGCCUAUCUGGGCAUCCCCUAUGCAGAACCUCCUGUGGGGAAACUGCGUUUCCAAAAGCCUGUUCCCCAUAAGCCAUGGAGCCACAUUCUGGAAGCCACCAACUUUGGCAAUUCAUGCCCCCAAAGACUUAUUUUAGGCACUCCUGAUGAGGAAAUGUGGUCCAUCAACACACCUCUUUCAGAGGACUGUUUGUUUCUCAAUGUCUGGGUACCCCAUCCCCGGCCCUCCACACCAGCUGCUGUCCUAGUCUGGAUCCAUGGUGGGGCAUUUGUUGUUGGCACAACUGCCCAUGUAAUAUAUGAUGGGGCAUUCUUAGCUGCUACGGAGAAUGUGAUUGUGGUGUCCAUGAAUUACCGCCUGGGAGCUCUAGGCUUCCUUUCAUUACCACCAGCUGCCCCAGGAAACAUGGGCCUGUUGGACCAGCAGCUGGCCCUGAGAUGGGUGAGGGAGAAUGUAGCUGCCUUUGGAGGAGACCCUACUCGGAUCACCAUCUUUGGCGAGAGUGCUGGAGGAGCGUCUGUCCACUAUCACCUCCUCUCACCAGGGAGUCAGCCUCUUUUUGACCGGGCUGUGCUGCAGAGUGGGACGGCCAUUUUACCCUCUACUUGGUUGAAUCCUGAAGAGGCCAAGAGGAAUGCUCUGGACCUGGCCCAGGUGAUGGGCUGUACAGAAGAUGAGGGCAGUGCCAUAGUGAACUGCUUGCAGGAAAAGCCACUGGAAGAAUUCCAAACAUCCAUGUCCUCAAUCAUGGAUCCCAAGAUUGUUUUGAAUCUUCCCUUCGUACCAACCACAGAUGGAGAUUUUCUUCCUGAUGACCCACAGAAACUAGUGGAGUCCAGGCGCUUUCAUGCCAAGCCUAUUAUGAUUGGUACCACUUCUGAUGAAGGGUCCAUCUUAGUCUACUACGCUGCCCCGCUAUUAAAUACAUCCAAUGAAUGCCUUUUGACCUGGGAGAAACUCUUGGAGGGGCUGAAACUAAUUAUUCACAAUGGAACCGAUGACGUCAUCCAUUCCAUUGCUCGGAGGUACAGCGAAGCAGAACCAGAGGGCCCGGAACAGUAUCGCUCUGCCUUGUCCCUGUUCUGGGGGGAUUACUCCUUCGUAUCUCCAGCAAAUGAAGUUGCCACAGAAACUGCAAAGACCGGAAGCCCUGUGUAUGCUUACAUUUUCACACAUCGCAGUGUUGGCUCUGUUUGGCCUGAAUGGAUGGGGUCCUUCCAUGGAUCUGAGGUCGCAUACCUUUUUGGAACUCUGACGUUACUACCGGGAACCAAUGAAACUCAUACGGAGGCGGAGUUAGCACUAAUCCCCCAAGUGAUGCGGUACUGGGCGGAGUUUGCCAGAAGCGGCAAUCCCACCCCUUCAGAAGUUGGUGAGGCAAAAUGGCCACUAUACAACCCUGAGGAACAGAACUUCUUUCGCAUCAGCACUGAGCCCCCUCAAGUCAUGAAGCCCUCACCCGCUCGGCACUGCAGUUUCUGGAAGACACUCUUAUCACAAGCAUCAAGCCCAGACCAGCCUCCAAGAGAUUCUCUUCCAUCUAGCCCAGAAGUCAACAAGAAAGAAGAACUGUGAUUUAAAUUCAUAUGAAUGCAGAAAGAGCACUGAAUGAACUGGGAGGAACAAGUCUAAAGAAUUAAGAAAGAGGACAUUUCCGUUUGCAUUUUCCGUCUCUCAUAGUAAUUUCUGUCGUCUGAUUCUAAAACAUAAGAGCAAUAAACAGUUUCCUCUAAUUUUCUUCUCACACACAAUCAAGUCUACAUUCAUGUAACUAAAGAGAAAAGAUUUGAAGAGGAUCAUAUAUUCUAUGUGGCAUUUUAUGUAAUUUUUUGUAUACCUAUGUUGUGAGCCUCUUCAAGUCUGCUGUGGUGGGUGAGAGCCGGGGAUUAAAUCAAAUCAACCAAUUAAUAAUAAUAUUGUAUUAGUGUAUGUUUCCUUGGUUCUGUAAUUGUUAGGCAGUUUUUGUUCAAAUGUAAGUGUUCCCUCUUCUGGUUAAGCACAAUCAAAUAUUUCAUUUUUGGUGUGAAUUUGGGGCUUGGCGGAUCAUUCUGCCCUAUAUAGAAGUAUUAUCGUGAUCCAUUCUACCCGACGAAUGUGAUGGAGUCAGGAAAGACUUUUAAUUCUUAGUCUGAGGCAGUCUUUAUAGACAGAAAAAAGGGAGACAGUAGAUGAGCAAAUCUCCAGCUGCCACUUCAGGUUGGCAACGCUAUUGCCAAGAGGGCCUUUUCAGUGGCAGCCCCAUGAUUAUGGACCCCGUCCCCUAGGGGUUGUGCCUGGCCCCCUCACUUUUGGUCUUUAGGAAACAGCCAAAUACUACUUUAUUUAGUACUGUAUUUAGUUAAGGCAGUCAUUGAUUACAAUUUUACAUUUUGGUUUUAUGUUUGUAAACGUUUUUAACACAUUUUUUUCAUAUUGCAAGCCAUCCUAAGCUUCAUAGGAGGAAAGGCAGCUAAUAAAUAAGUGUCGUUCCGCAAUACUGUCUUAUCCACCUGUGCUUUUCAGCGCCUUGUGCAAAGUGCUUUGGACGUUGUCCGUUGGCAUAGCUACUCUUUUUAUACGUACUUCUCAGUGGAGGCUCCCACCUUGCAGGAUGUGCAAAACAGAAAUGUUCAGAGGGGCAUUUUUACAAGUUGAUUAGAACUAAAGUACAACAGAACAGACCUGAGGGGCACCUUUAUAAUGGAAUAGGAUUGUAGUCCACUGUGAUGAUUAUGGGUAGGCUCAUACUUCUCCUGCAUUGCCUUAUGCCUUUAUGAUUCCACUUUAUGCAUUGUUUAUAGUAUACCUUGUAUUGGGCUAUUCUGAUUUGCUUCUGCCUCUGCAAUCCUAGUCCUAUGGCAUUGGUACUUAGUUGCCUUAUGCUUCCUUGUUGCGUUGUUCAUAUUCGAAAAUCCUCUUUGAGUCUUGGUGAGACCGACGGGCUAUAAACAAACAGAAAACAGUGAAAGGAGACACAAUUGUCCUGUCCAAUUACCUUCAAGGAUGUUACAUGGAAGAUGGCAAAUAGUUGUUAUUUCACGAAAGACUAGAUCCUGUCGGUAGGUUUUGGUUGUGCAGUAAUAUAGAACACUUUUUAUGUACUUGACAACAGCAGCAAGGAUUGUAUAUGCAUACAAAUGAAGGGACAAUAAACCAACAAAACAAGACUGGAUUUUUAAAAUCACAGAAUGUGUAGAGAUGGCAAGGCUGACAGUAUUCAUAAGAAACAAGAAUAUGGCCAGUUUCCUGAAACACUGGAAACCCUUUGUGGACUACCUACUGAAGACAUGUAUAAAUAGAGAAAUAAUGGCAGGAGUUAUGAUUUAAAUGAAAACCGUAGAUUGGACUAAAAUAGUUUUAUAAGAAGGAUUAAAAGUAGAGGAAACGCUGAUACGAACUAUAAACACGAAACUAGAUUUUGAGUUUG